GAGCAGAUUGUCAGUCAGUUGUUGCAGUAAUAUUGUUCUUGAUACCCUUGCUGUGUGCUUUUUUUCUUUCUAGUUCUUUUCUUUAUUUAACGCUCUAAUGGCUGAUCUACCUCCCCUCGCACCGGUCCCACCACCCGCGGUCCGGACUACGCUACAACAGGCCGAGUGGGAAGCAUGUAUAGAUGCAUGGACGAUGCUCCUGGGGGUCCGGAUAGAUGCCCCGGUGAAGAUAUUCCAAGAUGUUGCUUCCAAGGAUGAAUCUGCUGUUUUGUUCCUAUCCUCCUUUUACAACCAACUGGCCACCUCGGGAGAGGCAGGUCUGAAGCUGGGACUAAAAGGACGAACACUUCGAAAGCUAUCCUUCCUACUCACAAGACGCAUACUACUCGAUCUAUCCUCACCACCGGCAGACUUACUGGCUUGGAACUUCCUUGGCAAUCUGUGCUGUUGUUAUCCGUCCAGUGCUGCCCUGAAACGUUUACUAUUAGAUGCAUGGGAUAAACACCAUGGAACCAUCACAGCCAGUGUUGAGAAGGCGAAAUCAUCAAUCAUCAAACAACUCAUGAACAAAAAGACCUCUGAAACCCCCGCUGUCGACGCGGAUAUCCGCACGUUGACUAUUCUGGCUUCAACCUUGCCCACAUGUGGUCAAGUGCUCAUGGCGGGUUCCGAUUAUUUGGAUACCCUCUCAGAUGCAUAUCAAGCACAACCCAGAGAGACUCUGCGGAGGGUUUUUGUGGCUAAUGUCUACGUUGGGUUGACGUCGUUACUGAAGUCGAAACCGAACCUGUCGUCUCUUCUAGAUCAGCUCUUUGGUCUUAAGGCGACUGCGGGGGUUGGCACGUCAAAAACGAGAAAAGAGCCUACACUGCUCUCUGACUUGGUUUGCAGUUCUGAUCUGCUUGCUCGUCUGGAGAAAUAUCUCACGGACCACCCGCAGAAACGCGGAGAGGAUCUGGUGUCCAGUCUGCGAACAUAUCAAACAGAGUCGAGGGUGUUCCAUCAUCGCUAUCAAAAGAAGAAAAAGACGGUCGAGAAGGGCAAGGGCCGAGGCGUGCCUAUAUCUGGUGGUGAAGAGCUGCAUGCACACAGGAUGUCCCUCGUCACGCAGAUCCAGGAUCUCUUCCCAGACCUGGGGUCAGGAUAUGUCAUUCGACUACUGGACUACUACGGCGAUGGCCCUGAAACAGUGGUUGCACACCUUCUCGACUCUUCUCUCCCUCCUGAACUCCAAUCCCUCGACCAAACCGAAGAUCUCUCCAUCCCACAAUCCAUCAUCAACCCUGAUCCCAUGGCACCAAACUCACCACCUCCCGAGAUCGCUGAAGCGGAUGAAUCAUUCGCACGCAAGAAUAUCUUCGACAAGGACGUGGACCUCGCAGAACUCGCCCACUCUAACGACCCCAAUGCCCGCAACAAACUCCGUUUCGGCCGCGAAGACGACCUCACAGCCGACGAUGUCCUCGCAGACCGCUCCAAGCAUGCCGCUAAUAAGGCAGCUAUCAUCUCCGCCCUGGCGACCUUCGACUCUGACGAUGAUGAACGCGAUGACACGUACGACGCCGCUGACGUUGGUGGUACCGUUGACACCGUCCCCGCCAGCACAGACGCCGAGGCAGAAGCGCAAAACCGUCGCGCCACGGCUGAGGAUCUGGACCUCUCCCUGUUCAAAUCUUACAGAUCGAAUCCUGGACUGUUUGCACGCGACUCAGCCACCCGCCGCUCCCAGCCACGGACGUCAUUGAAGGGCGAGACGGGAAUGACUGACGAGGCGAUUGAAGGAUGGGCAGUUAUGUUGCAGCGCGAUCCGAAACGUCUUUCGAAACUCGAGGAUAGACUUGCGCUUUCUGCUGGAACACCGGGUGGAGCUAUGGCGCAGCCCGAGUUACCGCCCACAUCGUACAGAAAGCCCCGUGCUGAUGAAGAAUCGGAAGAGAGUGACGCGCAUGGCAGUUUUGGAGGUAGAGGCCGGGGACGCGGUCGUGGAGGCCCAAGGGGAGGCCGUGGUCGCGGUAGGGGCGGUAGUAGAGGAAGUGGUCCGUCUGGGGAACAGAAUACGGCUGCUUCUCGGCAACGGAAAGAAGAGAAUAAGAGUAGUAGGGCGAACCAUAACCGGAGGCAGCAGAGGGCUAAAAAGAUUGCGAGGGGUGGUGGCUUGCCUGGGUGAUUGCUAGACAUGAUAAUGGUGCAUUAAUGAAGCGUAUACCUUUGUUUAGAGAAUAGAUUAUUGCUAUUUGUAUAGAUACGUGAGCAUAGGCAUGGAUGGCGGAGAUAUAUAUCCCUGUUGUAUGCGUUUCUACUACAUUGCACGCACUUCAACCUUUACUUCUUUGCCUCUAACCUGUACAAUAG